GAAACGCAUCACAUAGCAUUUGUCUUAGUGUGGAAGUGACAGACGCACAAUGUUUGUGUUUCAAGCUGUCUGGAUUUUUCUGUUUUUACCAACAUACAGUGGAGAAAAUCUGUGCCAUAGUGAACUUCUAAUACACAGUAACAUUACUGCUGAGCUCCAAUCUGACAUCCUGCUGCCGUGUAACUUUCAUCCAACUCUCCUCGGAUCGGAUAAGACUGCAGAUAUAGCAGUAGUGUGGACUCAGAAGAACACAACAACACACAGUCUACUGGAGAUCUUUCUAUGGGGAGAAGUGAGGUUCUGGGAUUACAAAAGUGGACGUAUCAAGACGUUUCCUAAACUCUCUGAAUCAGGAAACUUCUCCAUCGUCCUUCAGAAAGUGCAGCUGUAUGAUCUGAGUCUGUACCGCUGUGAGCUGUUUAAUGGGUUCAACUGCAGCAUUGCGUAUCAGGAGAUAAAUCUGUAUCAAUGCAGCACACAAUCCCACCAGUCAAUAUGGAUCAUAGUAGGAGCUUUCACAGGAGGAAUUGUGCUGCUUGUUGUGUUAGCAACCUGUUGGUUUCAUGCAAAACGGCGACAAAAAAUCACUCCUGUUGAGAUCGACUAUGAAAACGUUGCGGGUGCACAUUCAGACAGAGGAAGAGCAUCAAUUGAGAAUCCAAUUUAUGACACUUCCUCUCAGUCGAAAUCAAAUGCCUGUGUAAGACAGUCAGAGGAAGGACUUUCAUCUGAUAUUCCAGUGUACGCCACUGUCAAGAAAGUAAAAAAAGUUAAUAGAACCUGAUGGAAGCCAAACACAUAGUCAUGAUAACAAAAAAAACUUAUCCUUAAUAAUUCCUGAUCACUAACAAAUGACAAGCUAUCCCAGACAAUAUAUAUUUCAUAUUUGUGCUUUUGCCUCUAAAUCAACGAUCCAUGCUUCUUUCUCCAUGGCAACAGACUACAACUACUUUCCUUUUUAAUAUGUUCCUUUGCGUAACUGGAAACUUUGAACUGCUUCUCAGCUCUUAUGGUUCUAAACAAAUAAGUUUCAUAUUACAUUUCAUUUGGAUUGUAUUGGUAUGGGACUGGCUUAAAAAAAAAAUUCUAUACAACACUGUGGUAAGGUUUUUUUCUUUCUUUUUUUUUUUUUUUUCCUCAGCCUCUUUAUUAUUAAAAGAUUGUUAAAGAUUUUGUAUUACCACAACUUCAUAAGCCACAUUUAUUUUUGUUUUCUGUUUUCUUCUUUUCUGUCUUUCUUUCUUUUUUUGCAUAUGUAUGCAUUAUAUGUUGAUGUAAAUAAGAAUCCAGGGAAAGCAAACAGGUUUUCUAUAAUUACCCCCCACCCCCUAAUGCUCACAGCCUCCACUUACCUCCCACACACUGCCUGUAUACAUGUGCACACACACACACGCAAAUUUAGAACAAAUUAAUAACUCUGUCAAGCAGCUUUUCUAUCUACAUUCAUAUGUCAGUAGGUUUCACAUUCAAACUCUUGAAUAGCAGGCAGAAUAGAAGAUAUAACACUCAAGCGCUAGUGGGAGUGAUUUUGCAGUGAUUACGAAAGUGCUUUCGAAAACAAUAUGGGGUAAUGAUUGUGUAAUAUCAUAAAAAAAACAUAGUUCCUUUACAUCAUCAAAUACACCAACCUACUGGUGCUGCACACUGGAGCUCAUUUCCUGUGCCUCAGUGGCUCAAUGCAAAACAUGAGUACUGAUUUUAACAAUUUGUAUUGACACAUCCACUUAUAUGACGUAAAGAAAGAUCUUUGUAUUGUGACUGGAUCUUCUAAGAACACCUUAAUGCUGAAAAUGAAUCAUUGUAAGGAAACUGCAAAAUUUCAAAAACAGGUCACCCAGUUGGCCUGAAAGAGGUUUUUUCCUGUUUGCUGGAAAUCAGCUUCUGUUAAGAUCUCACUUUCUCUAUCUCUCUCUCUCCCUACCCUAUCUCUCUUCGUUGGAAACUACUAUUCAUAACUUAACCUCGAACCUGGUGAUCAGACUAUACCCAAUCUGAUCAGACUAAAUCCAUUUGCAUAUCCGUUGGUUAAUGCGUCCCUUUUUAUUUCUGCACCCAAGAUGGCGCUUUUCUGCCUAAAGUAACAUCACAGUUACUUUAUAACAUCUCCUAAAUACGACGCAUUUUUAAAGAAUCAGUUCAGGAUGUUAAUAGCACAUCACAAAACGUCUCAUAACUCAUCCAUUUAUGUUGCAGGAGUAUGAUGCAUAGAAUCAUAGUAGAAUUAGGUUAGAUGUUUCAAAUAAUCUUCAAGUGAAACAUCAGAACUAUGGAGGAAAAUGUGAUCUCUUGUGUGAUUUAUAAUGUGACAGAGCUGUUGGUAUCAGAUAGGCUGGUUGGAAUAUUUUAAAAAUCCCCUCGGGAUUUUUAUGUUAGUAGUUUACAUAAAAUGCACAAAAAAUUGUAAUGCAACCAGUAAACAGAUAAAAAUGACCAAACUUAAUAAAGUUGACAGGAAGUCUGUUAUAAAUCAAACAAACUGUGGUUGUGGUGAAAACAGAUCUAUAGAGCAUUUAAGCAGUAAGAAAUGAAACAGUUUGGUGUGAAAAGACUAAAUAGUUUUCCAACAUAUUUAAAAAUAAAAAUACGAAUAUGUAUGUAAACAUGGGCUGAUGGCAACCUUAUGGAAUAAGUAGCUAUUAUAUGAUUGUGGAGAACUGACCAGUGAGUUGGAAUUGAUACAUGACCAAAUUUGGGGGGAGAUUAAACAAAAGAAAAAGAAUAAGAAGGACAAUUCAUGAACCUAAGUUCAAAAACAGUAUUACAAAACCAGAUCGGAAAAAUAGUAAUAGAACACAAACGGUAAUCAUCAUUAUUGAGUGCUAUUGGUGGAUGUAGUACACAAACCAUGUACUUAUGGUAAAAUAGAAAUUACACUCUGUUAAAUAUGUGUGAAAAAAAAAUGCUCCCUUUAAACGUUCACUUGAGUAAAAGUAAAAAAAAUGGGGGGGUAGUAGCUCCAGCGGUUAAGGCGCUGGGUUACUGAUAGGAAGGUCAGGGG